CCGGCCUCGGCGGGCCGGGAAGGGCCAGGCUGAGGUGCCGCAGUGUCGGGGCAACGCGGCGUCGGGCGCUCGCCGAGACCUCGGGGACGGGUGCCCGGCGGGGCUGCCGCUCCGCGCUCUUCCCCGCAUCUCCCCGUCGCCGGGCUUUCAGGCGCCGAGCUGUCGGGCGCCGUGCACUACAACUCCCGGCAUGCCGUGAACCUGACGGCCGAGGCGCCCAAGCGACGUCCGGGCCACCUGCCCGGCCUGCUCUCCCGCCGCCUCUCGGCCGCCGUGCUGACCGCGCGCGGGACGGCCGCGCGGGCCAUGGAGGAGCCGCCGGACCAGCCGCUGGGCGCCUGCACCAGCAAACCGCACCUGGAGAAGCUCACCCUGGGCAUCACCCGCAUCCUCGGGGUAAUAAAUGAUAAUCAAAGGAAUGUGAUAUUCCUAGAGAAUUAAUCAACAAUGAGCUAUACUGGUCCAAUUGACUCUCUCUUCUCCAGAAUCUUCCCCAGGUGUGACAGAGGUGACCAUAACAGAUAAACCACCAGCCGAACGUCAUAUGAUUUCUUCAUGGGAACAAAAAAAUAGCUGCCUCCUGCCAGAAGAUGUGAAGAAUUUUUACCUUAUGACCAAUGGCUUCCACAUGACAUGGAGUGUGAAAGUUGACGAGCACUGCAUUCCACUGGGCAACAUGACAAUUAACAGCCUCUCAAAACUGACUCAACUCAACCAUUCUUCCAUGUAUUCACUUCCUAAUGCACCAACUCUGGCCGACCUGGAGGAUGAUUUGCAAGAAGCCAGUGAGAACCAGCCAGAGAAGCCUCACUUUGAUUCUCGCAGCGUGAUAUUUGAGCUCGAUCCUUGCAAUGGGAAUGGGAAGGUUUGCCUUGUCUACAAAAGAGGGAAACCAGCAUUGCCGCAUGACACUGAGAUCUGGUUCCUGGACAGAGCAUUAUACUGGCAUUUUCUCACAGAUUCCUUUACUGCCUACUACCGUCUGCUCAUAACCCACCUGGGCCUGCCCCAGUGGCAGUAUGCUUUCACCAACUAUGGCAUUAGUCCACAGGCCAAGCAAUGGUUCAACAUGUAUAAGCCCAUGGCCUACCACACAAGCCUACUCACAGAGGAGAACGACUUCUUUGUGAACAAGCUGGAUCCUAGCAAAGUGUUCAAGAGCAAGAAUAAGACCUUGGUCCCCAAGAAGAAAGGGCCUGUUCAGCCCACCAGUGCUCCCAAAGGGCCCCCAGGUCCUGUCUCCACCUCCAAAGCUUCCUCUGGCACUGGCGGCUCUGGAAAUGCCGUCCGGAAAUGAGCGCCCCCACAUCCAGCCCUCCACAGCCCACUGUGAUCAUUUCCAUGCACUGAUGGCCCAGGUAUGGGUCGGGCCUCAUAUUCUACACGUGGACCCACAGCCAUCUGAGAGAUCAGGAUCCUAAGCUGUACUCUGGGCGUGGCCAGGAGUUGGAGGGCACAUCGGCCUUCCCCCAGAGUCCUUCCAUCGUACUCCUAAGCAGCGAGUCACGUCACACCCUCUGCCCCCAGAAACUAUGGAGAAAUUCAGAUCUCGUUUCUGUAGCUUUAACAAAAUAUCUUGUUUAAGAUCUUUUAAAGAGUUUUCCUCUUUCUAUACCCAACCACCUACCUUCAACAGUGACUAAAGAAGUCUUCCAAAGAAAAGGCUGGUUUUGACCCACAGGGCAGUAGAACAGCUCUGUUUAAUUGCUAGCCAUUAGCCAUGCAUGGUGGUUUAGUGGUAUUUUGACUAUUCACAGGGCAAGUGGAGUCUGUCUAUGACGGUUCAGAGAGAAUGGAACAAUUGAAAGUUCUCUUAUUUAGAGCUGCAUCUGAAUAUUUUCACACUUUUUCCAGAUUAAUAAUUUUUGUUAGAAUAUGGUAAACCUUUUGUUUCACAAUUUCCAUGAAAACUCUUGAAGAUAUGAUUUUAUGUUUAUACCCUCAACAAACACAUCUUUUACUCGUUUCUUUUUAUAGUUGCCUGUAAUUUCUCCUCUUUGAUUUCUUAUAAAGUUUCUUGCUUUUG